GUGGUCCACCACUUCCUAAAGUCAUUAGGGGAGGGGACAGAGGUAGAACUGAGCGAAGAAAUUUCUCACAUGGUGUCUCCAAAAUGAGUAAAGCACUUUGGUUAGUAUGAAUGAAAUUGGAAAAUGUCUUUCUCUGGGAACUUCUUUAGUUAGCGUAUAAAGAGUUUUCUGUGACAAAAUUAACUUUCCUUUCUCACCAUCUAAGGAAAAAAAACCUGCAUUUUGGUUUGCAACACUUUGCAGUCUCUAUUCAGUGGAAGUUUGUCUAGUUGCAGUGGGCAUUACGCUCCCAGAAUCUAUGGUUUCACAUCAUAAACCGGCAAGCUUUUGUUUUCUCUUUCAGAAGAACAAAUUGGGAUAAGGAGCAUUAAAUUACAGAAAGCUGAAUGUUGUCUAAAGGUUACUCUAAACGUGGGCUUGGGCACACACAGUGUUCUUGAGCUCAAAGGCUGUUUGGAGCACUGGCCAAAAACGAUGCGGUGGAGUGAACGCUGCGCCCGUGUCUCCUGCGGAGCGUGGGUUUCGGGCUGAUGCCGUCCAGAGGCAUUGUCUGCGGCUCGUACAUCAGUACCUCCGUUGUGCUCUCUGUGCAGAAACAGUCCUUCUGCAGGGAUACGGUGAUCUCUGUGUGUGUGUGUGUGUAUGUAUAGGUGUCGAUUUUUCUGUUUCUAAAGUGUAGCUUGCAGUCCUGUGUGGGAAUAUUUAUCUUUUCACCUAAAAGCUGCCACCAUGUGGCAAAGGACUAUUACUACGUUAUCUAUUAAUAAACUGAAAGCGGGAUGCAAAACAGGGCGUGGAUGGUGCUGGCUUGACGUUUUCACAGCCCAGCUCCUCUUGCUUCGACGAGGAACAAGGUUUCAAGGUAUUGGUUCUUGGCGCCUGCGCCUCAGCGGCAAGCCGAACGAGAUGCAGAACGACGCCGGGGAGUUUGUGGAUCUCUACGUCCCUCGGAAAUGCUCUGCUAGCAACCGAAUAAUUGGUGCUAAGGAUCACGCUUCUAUUCAGAUAAAUAUUUCUGAGGUUGACAAGGUAACAGGCAGAGUAAAUGGCCAGUUCAAAACGUAUGCCAUUUGUGGAGCAAUUCGUAGAAUGCUCAUUCUAGAGGAAGAGCUUUUGUGGGGAUAGUGAAGACAGAGUGAAGAUAUGACCAAAUUCACUUGCAAGAAUCAGUUUCUUCUGGUUUUUUCCUCAUUCCUUUGGUUUGUAGAAUUAUGUAUGGGGGGUUUUUUUGUUUGUUUGUUUGUUUUUUUAAAUCAGUGAAGGAUGCAAGUGGAUUUUUUUUCUUCCAAGAAUGUACCAAGCUACUAAUGUCUGGCUUUUAUCUGUUGUUUACAAUUAUUAGAGAUGAUACUACCAUAACUUAAACAUGGUGUGAAGCUUCUUAGAGUUCAUCAAAAGUCUGCUUACCCAGAAGUAUAUCUUAUUAAAGCAAGUGUAUAUUUUAUCAAGUUAAAACUAUUUCUUACCCUAAAGGAUGACAAAUAAUUAACAGCUUGUUUUGAAAAUGCUAAUCUGUGCAUAUAAAAUGUAGUGAUCUGUGGAAAGCAUUCUGCAUUUAACUACCAGCAUUAAAUGCUGCAGCUGCCUCUCUUUUUAAUGUGUAUCAGCAAUUAUUUGGUCACUUCAUAAUCAUCUUUUAUUUUUUUUAAAGGGUGAAUCGGAUGACUCCAUUCUGCGUCUGG